AUGAUUGGUUAUAAAUCAAGAGUUGGAAGGCGUGUGAAAAGUAAGCUAGCGAGAAAUUUAGAAACGCUUUAUAGAGAAGGAAAAUGUCGCGAAUGUACAGUAGUAGUAACGCGUAUGGAUUUUGCCAAGAUCCUAGGUAAAUUUACUAAAGUUAAAAUCCAAUACGAAAGUUCAACACCAAAGGCAACAAAAUCUUCAAAACAAAACUCAAAUAUUAAGUUAAAAAACAAUGAAAAUGGAUUAGUGUCUUUGAAUAAAAAUCCAUAUAACUCUGCAAAAGAACUCAAAAACAAAAGCAGUAAAGACAGAACCACUGAGGUUAAAAAACAUACAUCCAACACUUCUAAAUCAUUAAAUGUGUUAAAGGAAAAUAAUAACUGUAAGUCCGGUGUAUUAAAAAAAGUGAACUUCAAUAUUAAGCCUACUCUCUCAGAAAAUAAAGAAUAUGGCAUUAUUUUUGUCAAUCCAAAUGUAAAUGGUGCUAAUGAUGUAAAAUGUAAGAUAACAUUAGCAGAUUUAAUUCCACAUAUAAAUAAAAGUUUAUUGCCAAAUGAAGACUGGUGUAUAGAGUUUUUUCCUAAAAGCCUAGAACCAAAGGAUGACAAAAUGUACAAUCGUAUAGCAGCAGAAUUAGAAGAUCUUAUGUAUAAUAAAAUAAAUACUACCACAGAUAAUAAAAUGGAUGACUUUCCGUCAAUAAUGGAUAUUUUAAAUGACAAUACUUCUGAAACUAACCAGAAAGACCAAACCCAAGAAAAUAAAUCUAAUCUAAAUAAUGAUGUCGAAGCUAUUCUUCUUGGGAAUAGUGAAAGCAAUGAAACAUUAGAAGAAAAAGAUGUUAUUAAUAAGUCAAAGGAAGAUAUACCAAUGACACCAAGCACUGAAGUUGAGGAAAGUAUACUCAAAAAUAAUAUAGAAAAACCACACAGCCCAUCUAUAUUAGAUGAAGCUUUAAAGGAGGGAAAGGAACAACAUAUACCAAGCCAGCCAAUAUAUGAUGACAAUAAUGAUGCUAAUAAAUCUAUAGAAAUAGCUGUAAAACAAGAUGAUAGCGAAGAUCCUGUUAAAGCUGAGAAUCUAGAAGAAUCUAAAUCACACUCAAUAAAGUAUGAAGAAGUCACAGAGGUUAUAUUCAAAAAGAUAUUAGAUGGAAAAUGUGACAAAUCUGUUACAUGUCUAAAAAACUUAAGGUAUAAUAUACAGAUAGAGGAAACAUCUGUUGAAUUUAUAGGUGCACCAAAGUAUAUAACUAGUAUAGAAGACAUUCAGGUAUUAUUGGAGAUUGUCAAUAAUACCACUUUAAAUAGUGUGUAUGUGUUACAUAUAUAG